UCACGGAUCCUCUUCCGGGGCAGAGGUCGUCCCGUCCCUCCCGCGUUUCCUCCAAGAUGGCGAGCGGCAGCAGUGGGGGGGUUUCGGUGCCUGCGCUCUGGAGCGAAGUGAACCGUUACGGCCAGAACGGUGACUUCACGCGCGCUCUCAAGACCGUCAACAAGAUACUACAGAUCAACAAGGAUGAUGUUACUGCCCUGCACUGUAAAGUGGUAUGCCUUAUCCAGAAUGGAAGCUUCAAGGAAGCCUUGAAUGUCAUCAACACUCACACCAAAGUGUUAGCCAAUAACUCUCUUUCUUUUGAAAAGGCAUAUUGCGAGUAUAGGCUGAACAGAAUUGAGAAUGCCUUGAAGACAAUAGAAACUGCCAACCAGCAGACAGACAAACUAAAGGAACUUUAUGGACAAGUGUUAUACCGGCUAGAACGCUAUGAUGAAUGCUUAGCUGUGUAUAGAGAUCUUGUCCGAAACUCCCAAGAUGAUUAUGAUGAGGAGAGAAAAACAAACCUGUCAGCAGUUGUUGCAGCUCAAAGCAAUUGGGAAAAAGUGGUUCCAGAGAACUUGGGCCUCCAAGAAGGCACACAUGAGCUGUGCUACAAUGCUGCAUGUGCACUGAUAGGACAAGGCCAGCUGAGUCAGGCAAUGAAAAUCCUACAAAAAGCUGAAGAUCUUUGCCGCCGUUCAUUAUCAGAAGAUUCUGAUGGGACUGAGGAAGACCCCCAGGCAGAACUGGCCAUUAUUCAUGGGCAGAUGGCCUAUAUUCUGCAGCUUCAAGGUCGUACAGAGGAGGCUUUGCAACUUUACAACCAGAUAAUAAAACUAAAGCCGACAGAUGUGGGAUUGCUAGCUGUGAUUGCAAAUAACAUCAUUACCAUUAACAAGGACCAAAAUGUCUUUGACUCCAAGAAGAAGGUGAAGUUAACCAAUGCAGAAGGAGUAGAGUUUAAGCUUUCCAAGAAGCAGCUGCAAGCCAUAGAAUUUAACAAAGCUUUACUUGCUAUGUACACAAACCAGGCAGACCAGUGCCGAAAGAUAUCUGCCAGUUUACAGUCCCAAAGUCCUGAGCAUCUCCUGCCUGUGUUAAUCCAAGCUGCCCAGCUCUGUCGUGAAAAGCAGCACACUAAAGCGAUCGAGCUCCUUCAGGAAUUUUCAGAUCAGCAUCCAGAAAAUGCAGCUGAAAUUAAGCUGACCAUGGCACAGCUGAAAAUUUCUCAAGGUAACAUUUCCAAAGCAUGUCUAAUCCUGAGAAGUAUAGAGGAAUUAAAGCAUAAACCAGGCAUGGUAUCUGCAUUAGUGACCAUGUAUAGCCAUGAGGAAGAUAUUGAUAGUGCCAUCGAGGUCUUCACACAAGCUAUCCAGUGGUAUCAAAACCAUCAGCCCAAAUCUCCUGCUCAUUUGUCCUUGAUAAGAGAAGCUGCAAACUUCAAACUCAAAUAUGGGCGGAAGAAGGAGGCAAUUAGUGACCUAGAACAGCUAUGGAAACAGAAUCCAAAAGAUAUUCACACCCUGGCGCAGCUUAUUUCUGCUUAUUCACUUGUAGAUCCUGAGAAGGCAAAAGCUCUUAGUAAACACUUGCCCUCAUCAGAUAGCAUGUCUCUAAAAGUAGAUGUUGAAGCUCUUGAAAAUUCUCCUGGUGCUACUUACAUUCGGAAGAAGGGUGGAAAAGUUGCUGGAGAUAGUCAACCAAAGGAGCAAGGACAGGGAGAUUUGAAAAAGAAGAAAAAAAAGAAGAAGGGGAAACUGCCUAAGAAUUAUGACCCAAAAGUGACCCCAGAUCCAGAAAGAUGGCUACCGAUGCGUGAACGGUCUUACUACCGGGGAAGAAAGAAGGGUAAAAAGAAGGAUCAGAUUGGAAAGGGGACCCAGGGAGCAACUGCAGGAACUUCCUCUGAACUGGAUGCCAGUAAAACUGCCAGCAGCCCACCCACCUCCCCAAGACCUGGCAGUGCAGCAACAGCAUCUGCAUCUACAAGUAAUAUCAUACCCCCAAGACACCAGAAACCUGCAGGCGCUCCAGCAACAAAAAAGAAACAACAACAGAAAAAGAAGAAAGGUGGAAAAGGUGGCUGGUGAUUAGAACAUUCUUGUUGCAGGCCGUUUUUAAACUAGUCUUAGUGACACUAGGAACAUAAUAAAGAUAACACAGUGAGAAGCACAGAGCUGCUCCCUUCCUCGUCCCCACAUUUUCAUACUAUUAUUUUCUCAUGCAUCAAAAGGAAAAUAUCUUCCUCAAACUCUGCCUACUCAGACUUGGCCUACUUGUACCACCUCGCUUUGCCCAGAUGAUGAGGACUCAAAAUGAUUGGGCAUUUACCUACCUUAAUAUCUGUUUCUUUGUUUGCUGAUCUGGCGGUAGUUUUCUCAGUUUUACAAACAAGGCAUGUUAUCUAAGGUUUCCUAGGAUAUAAACAGAAAUUAAUUCUGUUUUAUUUAACUAAAGUCUGAAGAUACUUGUUCUAUUAAGUCCCACUUUAAAUUAUGUCUUAGGAGGUCUUGGGAGACGGAAAGUGGAAUCUGUCGAGCAUUCCAAGUAUCUGCAUAGAAAUAUUAUGUGAUAAAAAGGGACCUUGUUAAUACACUGGUGUUUUUUAUUACAUGAGUGGCCAUAGGAAAUCUCAAUGUCUUCAUUAAUUUUUACCAUAAAUUCUCUGUCAUGUGAUACUGGAAUAUGGGAUAUAUAUGAAAAGUAUGUUUAUAUAUGUAUGUACAUAUGUACACAUAUAUAUACAUUAGGGUUCCUUUAUGCUUCCAUAUCAUUUUCAGAUGAUAGCAUUAUACUGAUUUAGUACUCUUAAGAACUCAAGGAAAACAUACCAAUGUUGUAAGAAGUUGACUCAGACCCAGUGUUCUGAGGUCAGAUGGGUGUGGACUGUCUCAGUCAGGUUUAAUGGGCCUUGUCAAGAGCAUGAGCAUUGACUUGUUAUGUAAAUCAGUACCAGAGUUCAGUAGCAGGCAGUAUUGAAACUUAACAGUACUAGUUAGCUCAGUUAAAUACUCAGAGGGCCCCUCUUUCUAGUUAGGGGUAUGACUAUUCAUUACCCUUCCCAAAGGAAUGGUGUAUUACACAGUCAGUCUGUGGUGUUGGUGUUGCUCUGGUCUCUCCAAGCUUAUAAUCCACUUUCCCAAUGAACAGCCAUGAGACAGACACACUGGAAUGUACACCCUGGUUAGUAUUCAUUUUAUGUUGCCCAAGAUAGCAUUGAAUUCAGACCUCAGUUAUUUCCGUUUGAUCACAUUACUCCAUCCUUGUCAAUAAAGUGCUGCUGUGUUUGACUCUGAACAUAUCUACUGCAACUUCUUCAAAGAGUUUUUAAAAGGCCUUCCCCUCCUUUACAAGAGUAAGGAAUGUGGUGCUGCAUUUGUGUUUGACAUAAUCAGAAUCUGCGGUGGCAUCUAAACAAGAGACCCCCAUAUAAUAGGAAUGAUUUAUUAUGCCAUAACUUUUCUGAGCUCACUGAAAAUAGUCUUUUGGUGAAAGUGACAGAUACUCAUUUUUUCUGAAUAUAUACCCCAUUACAAGAAUAAUUGUUUGCAGAUUUGUUAUUUAGGAUUCCAUUAAAUUUCUGUGGUGAAAGAAUUAUUUUUAGGUUUCACCAAGCUACAGAAUUUGGGUGAAAUUAUUGAAAAUUUUGACACAAGGCACAAAGUAAAGUUUACAGUUGUCUAGUCAUAAUUGCCAGGCAUUGUUAUUACCAGUCAUCAUGAAGCAACUGAAACCUCAGUUCACAUAAGUUAUUGUCAAAUGAAGUGUAAACAUAUAUAUUAACUUUCUAGUAAUUUUUUUCUUUUGGACAGGUCUUUAACCAGUGACAUAUACACUUUGUAUAUAUGUGUGUGUCUGCAUUUAUAAAACAAUAUGGAUACAUCCAUUCACUGUGGCACAUUUUAAAAUAAAAUAUUCUAGCAAUGAGUGUGGAUUAAGGUGUUUUGGGUGUUGACAUUUUAUGGGGAAUUCCUGGUUAAUAUAUCUGAGCAUUUUUUAAACGUUUUAAAUUAAAAAUUUUUUAAAGUAUCUAAAAUUAUUUUCAGCUCCUCCCAACAAAACCACAAAACUAAUCUAAUGGAUUGAGAGAGCCCAGUUUUAACUUCACUGAAAAUUUAUUGUGUUGA